AAACUGUGUCAGAGACUACAAAGCCAUGUCAGGAUAGACAUUUUUUGCAGUGCAGUCAGAGCCACCAAAAGCAAGCGGAGCGCAGCGGUGCAGCAGGACUCCAGGCAGCCGGCUCGGCUCUGCUCACCGCCGGCCACACUCGCGUCACAUCACACCCCCAGCUCGUGGUGACACGGUUUUAUUCUCAGCGUGUCACCUGAAGCCUGUAAUGUGUGUGUCUACAUUUUAUUUCUCCUACAGUGAGAGGGCGUAUCCGCUCUCGCAGAGAGGCUGAGCCAGUGAAGCGGGAGUGGGAGGGCUUUUCAGUGUUUUCGCUGGUUUGAAACAUAGGAAGAAAACAGCGAGCAGCCACGCCGCCCACUAAACAAGGCGAAGCGCGCAUCAACAAUUUCGCAACAGCCGCCGCCGCCGCCGCCGCUGCUGCUGCUGCCCCGAUUAAACCCACGGAGGAGCGGAGGAGAGCAGACACCCACAGACAGACCGUCAAGAGAUCACUGCUGCUGUUGUCCUACACAGGAACUAAAGAAAGAUGGAUGACCAUGUUGCCACCAAAGAGCUGUGACAUCACUGUGAAGUCGUGGAUGGUGGUGGACGUUGUGCUUUCUUAACUUGGAUUUGUGCAACCUUUCUACCAGACCUGUUUGGCUUACCUCGUCCAAAAGAAAUAGCUGUUAUCUGCCAGUGAAUAUAAUAAGGGACCACCGGCCCAUCUUAACGAAAUGGAGACUCUUUCCCAAGAUUCCAUUCUGGAGUGCCAGAUCUGCUUCAACUACUACAGCCCUCGCCGGCGGCCCAAACUCCUGGACUGCCGACACACGUGCUGCUCAGUGUGUUUGACCCAGAUGCGCAGCAGCCAGAAGGAGAUUCGUUGUCCAUGGUGCCGUGGCGUCACCAAGCUCCCGCCAGGCCUGUCUGUCUCCCAGCUCCCGGACGAUCCGGACAUCAUCACUGUCAUCGCCAUCCCUCACGCCUCUGAGCACACGCCUGUCUUCAUCCGCCUCCCCAGCAAUGGCUGCUACAUGCUGCCACUGCCUGUUGCCAAGGAGCGGGCGCUGGGCCUGCCGGGGGAGCUGGGAUGUCGUUUCCUGCCGGGCAGCCAGCAGAAGGGGGUGACAGUGGUGACCGUGCCCGAGCAGCAGCCUCUGGGCCUGGCUAUGGGUCUGGAGGGUGUGGGGGUUGGGCUGGAGGGAGGGGAGGGCGAGAGAAGAGUUACUGGCCCAGUGGGAGGAGGAGGAAAGGGCUCUACAUGGUCCGGUGUGUGCACGGUGAUCCUGGUGGCUUGCGUGCUGCUCUUCCUCCUGGGCAUCGUGCUGCACAACAUGUCCUGCAUCUCCAAACGCUUCACUGUCAUUUCCUGCGGCUGAGGGUGGGGGGAGGCUGCUCGGACUGCUGCGGACUCCCCCUGGAUUCCCCCACCAGCUCUGCCUCUCCUCAGGGCGGGACUCUGCUGAGGAGAGGGGACUAAACUCACAUCAUGGGCAUCCAAGGAAACUACAGAGCAAUGUAGGGAGAAACAGGUGAAGAAGAGGAGGGCAGGGAGGAGAUCCACAAACUGUCUGCCAUUGUGUCCCUUUUUUUAUUUGGGAGACUGAAAUUAAAAUGGAAAUAUAGAUACAAACCUUUAAUUUCCUCUUGCUGGCCCUUAAACUCCUGUCCUUUCCUGUCCUUCCAUUUUCUCUGAAAGACCGCUUUGGGAGUUACUCCAGAAAUGUUUUUGGCCAGCUGAUUGGUUUUUGGCCAGCUGAUAUGCUUUUGGCGAGGGGCCGAUCUGACACUCACUCUUACUCAGAGCCGUUGGAUUGCCCGUCAGUCUGUGGUUUGUAGAAGUACAUCAGUUAUCAUAGUGUUGUUAAGCUGAGUGUAGGUUCCAAGUGCGGUGUCUCCAGCUGGUGCGGCAGUACAAAGAGUUAGGACUUGGCUGCUCUCCGUUCUCUGAUGCUGCAGGAAUUAAUUGUGCAGGAUCCACGUCUGGCCCCAUCUGAAUCAUCUGGGAAACUCAAAAUCAAGACAGCUUUUCUUUUUUUCCCUUUCAUACAACCUGUUCCUGCUCAGAACAAACUGUUGCUGUGAUGGCUCAAUGUAGUUAGUAAAGGGAUUGUUGUCAACAAAGGACAAAACAUGGAUUAUAUUCUUAAUUCAUGCCAUCUUGUUACAAGCCCAAACCAAAUACAUGGGUAGUAGAGAGUUGCUCUAUUUAGUCUUCAGUUUCAGUUAGUGCUGAAAUGGUCAGGCAUGGAGAGAUUGGUUGGUUAAUAAAUUACUGUUUCAUAUUUGUCAAGCAGAAAAAAGACAAAGAUUUAUUGUUUUCAGCUUGUUUUGAAGGAUUUUUUAUGUUUAUAUCAUUGUAAAUUCUAUAGCAUUGGGUUCUUGGGACUGUUUGCCAGCUUUGGAUGGUUGCUUUUUCAAAAAGAAAUCCUUUACAAAAAGAAUGAUUAAAGAAAUAAUUGAUUAAUUGGUAAAUAAAAUAAUCACUAGUUGCCAUCCUAUAUUGAAAAUGGUGGGAAAAUGUUGUACAGCCCUCUUUUAGGAUGCUUGUUGCCAAAAAUAUGCAGGCUAUGUGAUAAACAAAGAAAUUGCUCAAAAUACUAUGAAUAGAACUUUUUUUUCUUUUUAAAGACAUAUUUCAUAUUUAGGGAAAGAAGUUUAUUUGAAUUCUGUCUUAAAGUAAGCUAUAAAAAGAUCAAUACCAAUCUCAUGUCUUUGUGUUAUGUGCAGCUCCAGGGCAAGGAUGCAGUUAGCCUAGCCAAGUGUAAGAUGGAAACAGGGACAAACAGCUAGCCUGGCUUUCUCCUAUGUUUAAAAUCUUGACACUUAAUUUGAACCUCUAAAUCAAAACAGUUACAGUAACAUGUUAAAUCUUGUUUGUUUAAUUUGUACAAUGGUCAAUUGAACUUAAGUUCAUUUACCCCCUAGCUGAGGUUCAUUUGGACAGGUAUGAACACAGCAAUCACGCUUGGGUGCAUGCCAAAACAACCAGACCGAGACCUUCUUGAAGAGGUGGUCUUGGUUCUGUCACAACCGAACUCUAGUGCGGUUCAUUUGUGGUGAGAACGUGUUCCAACCUCGAUCCGAACCAACUGCACACACAUAACGCUUUGUUUGGGUUAAACAGCAUGAGCAUGUUACAGUCCUGGAGGAUUAUUAAUGUGAGUCUCCUCCUAUGCUGCCUUAUAAUGCACAUUCAGCACAUCCAAUGCAUCAAAAUAUUGUUUUCUAGUU